AUGGGGAUUUUGCUUUUCUUUCUCUUUGCAUUUCUUGGAGACAUCGACAGGCUCACAAGGCUAGGUACACUGGUGCAUGCCCAGUCUAAUGAGCGCCGGGUCCUGGCCCACAUGCCUGGUGACAUUACCAUCGGGGCACUCUUCUCUGUGCACCACCAGCCACCAGCAGACAAGGUCCAUGAGCGGAAAUGUGGUGCGGUGCGUGAGCAGUACGGGAUCCAGCGUGUGGAGGCUAUGAUGCACACUCUUGAUCGCAUCAAUGCUGACCCAAACAUCCUGCCCAACAUCACAUUGGGCUGCGAGAUCCGAGACUCAUGUUGGCACUCAGCAGUGGCACUGGAACAGAGCAUAGAGUUCAUCCGUGACACCCUGGUCUCCACUGAGGAGGAGGAGAGCAUGUCCAGGUGCUCAGCUAAUGGUGGAGGAAUUCCUAUGAAAGGGAAGAAACCCAUAGUAGGCCUCAUUGGGCCUGGCUCCAGCUCAGUGGCCAUCCAGGUGCAAAAUCUUCUUCAGCUUUUCAACAUACCCCAAAUUGCCUACUCGGCCACCAGUAUGGAUCUCAGUGAUAAGUCCUUGUAUAAGUAUUUCAUGAGGGUAGUGCCAUCGGAUGCUCAGCAGGCCAGAGCAAUGGUGGACAUCGUCAAAAGAUACAACUGGACUUAUGUGUCAGCCAUACACACAGAGGGAAACUAUGGUGAGAGUGGAAUGGAGGCAUUCAAAGAAAUGGCAGCCAAGGAGGGCAUCUGUAUUGCACAUUCAGAUAAGAUCUACAGUAACGCUGGAGACCAGAACUUCGACCGGCUGUUGGAAAAACUGCGCAGUCACCUACCCAAAGCACGUGUGGUGGCAUGCUUCUGCGAGGGCAUGACUGUGCGUGGCAUUCUUAAAGCCAUGAGAAGACGUCGGCUAGUGGGAGAGUUCCUUUUGGUUGGCAGUGAUGGCUGGGCCGAUCGCUAUGAUGUGACAGAUGGCUAUCAGAAAGAGGCAGCUGGAGGAAUCACUAUCAAACUGCAGUCUGCUUAUGUCACCUGGUUCGAUGAUUACUACCUGAACCUGCAGCCAGAUACGAACCAGCGAAAUCCCUGGUUCCUUGAAUUCUGGCAGCAUCGCUUCCAAUGCCAGCUCAAGGGCCACCCACAGGACAACACAAAAUAUAACCGCACCUGCACCAAGAAAGAGUCUCUCCGGCUCCACUAUGCUCAGGACACUAAGAUGGGCUUUGUCAUCAAUGCUAUCUAUAGCAUGGCUUACGGUCUACACGCCAUGCAGAAAGUACUGUGUCCUGGCUAUGCAGGUCUGUGUGAUACAAUGAGACCCAUUGAUGGCCGCAAGCUUCUCGAAUUCCUCAUGAGGACCAAUUUCACUGGUGUAUCAGGAGAGCUGGUGCUAUUUGAUGAGAAUGGAGAUUCUCCAGGGAGAUAUGAAAUCAUGAACUUCAAACAAAUGAGUGAAGAAGACUACAGCUACAUUCAUGUUGGCAGCUGGGACAACAGUGGGCUAAAGAUGGACGAUGAUGAGAUCUGGGCCAACAGCAGUGCGAUCAUCCACUCAGUCUGCAGUGACCCCUGUGAAAGGGCUCAGAUUAAGGUGAUCCGGAAAGGUGAGGUUAGCUGCUGCUGGACCUGUACCCCAUGUAAAGAGAAUGAGUAUGUGUUUGAUGAGUACACAUGCUGGGCCUGUGAGCUGGGAUCCUGGCCAACAGAUGACCUCACAGGGUGUGAGCCAAUACCAGUGCACUAUUUACAAUGGGGAGAUCCUGAACCUAUUGCUGCUGUGGUCUUUGCUUGCCUUGGUCUUCUAGCCACCAUCUUCGUGACACUCGUUUUCAUCAGGUUUCAUGAUACACCAGUUGUGAAAUCUUCCAGCAGGGAACUUUGCUUCAUCAUCCUGGCUGGCAUCUGUCUGAGCUACCUUUGCACUUUCUGCCUCAUUGCUAAGCCACAUGUAGUGUACUGCUACCUACAGAGACUGGGCAUCGGGCUUUCCCCUGCUAUGAGCUACUCUGCUCUGGUCACCAAGACCAAUCGCAUUGCUCGCAUCUUGGCAGGCAGCAAGAAAAAAAUAUGUACCAAGAAGCCUCGCUUCAUGAGUGCUUGUGCCCAGUUGAUCAUAGCUUUCAUCCUCAUUCUCCUGCAACUGGCCAUCAUAGUGGCACUCUUCAUCAUGGAGCCACCUCAGGUGAUCUAUGACUACCCAUCAAUCCGUGAAGUGCACCUCAUCUGUAACACAACAACGCUGGGAGUUGUAGCACCAUUGGGCUAUAAUGGGCUGCUCAUCCUCAGCUGCACCUUUUAUGCCUUCAAGACUCGCAAUGUCCCUGCCAACUUCAAUGAGGCCAAAUACAUCGCCUUCACCAUGUACACCACCUGCAUCAUCUGGCUGGCCUUUGUGCCAAUCUAUUUUGGCUCCAACUACAAAAUAAUCACUAUGUGCUUCUCAGUCAGUCUCAGUGCCACCACUGCGUUGUGCUGCAUGUUUGUGCCAAAGAUCUAUAUCAUGCUCGCCAAGCCAGAGCGUAAUGUGCGCAGUGCAUUUACCACAUCAACUGUGGUAAGGAUGCAUGUGGGUGAUGGCAAGUCUGCCUCGUCAGCUAGCCGUUCUAGCAGUUUGGCUAAACUGUGGAGACGACGUGGAUCAGGAACAGACAAUGUCAGUUCAAAUGGCAAAACGGUUACUUGGGCACAAAAUGAGAGAGGCUACCGGCCAAAUCUGUGGAAGAGAAUCUCAAUUCACAUCAAGAGAAAAGAAGAGGUCAAUCAGACAGCUAUCAUCAAACCUUUCUCCAAGGGCUGUGAUGCAUCUUCAGACACUGGGAUGAAGGUGUCAUAUGAGCGGCCACAGAGUGGCCAGCGCUACCCUGUUACCUACCGCCCACGGACACCCUCUCCCCUGCCCACUGUGUGCCAACGUGGUUCAAUGCAGCACUGCUGUGAUGAUGAUGAGGAUGUUCGAGAACGGCCUUUGCCGGUGGCAGUACUGCCUACAUACCUUACGGAGCGUUUACAGCAAGGUGAGCCGUUGCAGACAUCCAUUAUGGACCAGAUCAGCAGCGUGGUGAACCGUUUCACUGCAAACAUCAGCGAGCUCAACAGCAUGAUGCUGCCAGCUGGCUCUCCUUCAAGCAGUACCAUAAAUGCCUCUGGCCCCUGCUCACCCUCCUUCAAGCUGCUUCCACGAGAGAUGCAGCGCUCGACAACGGUGACCACCUAUGCAGAGGUGGUGGCUGCAGCUAAUGCUACCCCUCACUCAGCAGUAGGCAUAGCAGGAGGGAUAAUCACAGGUGGAAGCAGCAGAGCAUCCCCUGCUAGUCUCUCUAAUAGCACCUAUGACUCCUCAUAUGCAGUCAGGACCACAGAGUUUGAGGAGCUGGCUGCUCUAACACCUCCAUCCCCAUUCAGGGACUCCUCAGUGGGCUCAGCUAGUGACUCUCCCACCUGUCCAGAAUCAGAGCUGGUUCUGUGUGAGCGCAAUUCCCCAAAGUAUGAUCGACUGAUGCUGCGCAACUACAGCCAGAGCUCCUCCUCACUAUAAACAGCCUUCCAGGUGAUCAAAUCACAUGCUACCAAAAUAACCAUCAGUGGCAUGAGGGCAUUUUAAGUACUGUUAUAACAUUAAUUUCAAAUCAGGUUUUACUACACUGUUGCAAAGUGUUGAUCCACAUUGCUGCAGAACUCAUGUGAACUGGAAUCAAGGCGAUACUGGGAAAAGGAUCAUGGAGAAAAGAGUGCUUGAAGAAACUCUGCAGGGAUUUACCGAAAGUAGCUGAACAGCAUGAAUUAUAAUGCUCUUUGUAAGCUAUUGAAUGAAAUGCACCAACAGAGAUGUCAAAGCUUGAAGGCUUUUAGCGCGCAUACAGUAUGCUUUUGUUUAGGAAAACUCAAUGAACUAUUGAUUGAGAUAAUAUACUGUGCUUGACAUUCAGCCAAUGAUCACAUUCCAACAAUGUCACACAACAAUACCUGCAAGAUAAUACUAUAUGUGACUAUAUGGAGGCAUUGCAAUAUUUGUUGUUUGUGUAUAAUGCUGUCUUUUGGCUAAAAUUCUUGGAUACUAUAGCACACA